AUGAGUAUUUUUAAGAAUGUCUGCAAAAAGGAAAAGAAGGCCUCCUACCUUGGAUCCGAAGCAUUGAUCCGUCGAGUGGAAAUUUUGCAGGGAGUUGUAUUAAUUGGCCUGGCUUUAAUUGGUAUAAGUUGCCUACAGAUUUUUGUUUUGGGCUUGGAAAGCCAGUUGCUCAAAGUCCUGCGCUGGCAUCACAUAACCAUGUAUCUCUUCUUUGGACUGCUGGGAGUGGCCAACAUCUUAUGUGCAACCAUUAGUUUUCUUCCAGUCUCCUUAUCCCAGUUGAUGUUGUCAAAUGCCUUUUUUGUACAAGCUUUUCUAUGGUACAACCACACGCAUGGACGGCAAGUGAUAGACUCUUUUGUGCACAAGAUUCUGGCUUUUAUCACCCUUUUGGCAGGCCUAGUUGCCUUUAUAGAGGUCCUCAUAAAGAAUCAUAUAACUCUGGAGCUCCUGAGAUCAAGCUUCAUCAUACUGCAGGGGAUGUGGUUGUGGCAGAUUGGUUUUGUCAUAUAUAAUCCCACUGGAGGACCUGCAUGGAAUCUAACAGAUCAUAGCAAUAUUAUGCUUCUCAGCGUAUACCUCUGUUGGCAUUAUGCAGUUUCCUACGUCAUCAUUGGAAUGAAUUAUGCAAUUAUUACUUGGUUGGUUAAAUGGAGGCUUAGAAAGCUCUGUUCCUCAGAAAUUGCACUCCUGAGAAAUGUGGAAGAGCAAGAAUCAGAAUAG